CAUAUUCAACAAUGACGACCUAUCAACAAACAUAUGCUGGAUAUGGCGGCCAAGAAUAUUCCUACAAUGGAAGUGGAACAAACUCUUUAGGAAACCACUGGAGUUCACUUGACUACGGUCCAUCAGCAGCCAAUCAAAACAAUUAUCAUUAUAACAAUCAGGAUGGGUCGUACUAUUACAGCAAUCCUGAUGGAUCACGAUAUUACAAUAGUGGAGAUGGAUAUUCUAAAUACACACCGCCCGAUGAAGAGCAAGAUGAAGAAAUGUCAGAUCAAGAAAAUGAGCAACAAGAUGAAGAGGAAUCAAAUGAAAUCGAGGUUGAACAAGAACCCGAUCGGGCUGAUUAUAGAUUGGACUUCGACAAUGGUCAUCAAAACAGUGGUACUAUAGACAGCAAGGAAAAUUCUCGAUCUCAAGCGGAUCAGACAGACUCGGAAGCAGAUAAUGGUGAAAAUUCAAAUGAAAACACUGAAUACGUUGGCGAUUCGUACGAUUCGGAACUUUACGAAGAAGUGUAUGAUGAGGGCGAAGGUGAAUAUGUAAGCGAUUACGGUGAAGAUGAUGGUUAUGGCGAUAGCAUAGAUAACGUUGAUGAUUAUGAAGAUGAUUUUUACGAUGACGACGAUAUCUAUGACGAUGACGAUGAUUACAGCUAUGACGAUGAUGACUAUGACUAAUUUAAUAGUCUUUUGCUUUAUAUUCAUCUGUAUUCAUAUAUAAACAGCUUCAAAGAGCAUAAACAAUAC